AUGCUGGGUCCUUUAGGAGGCCCAGACCCGAACUCACCGCCUCAGUCCCCUACAUCUGCUUCGUCUCGCCCGAUGCAUCACCGCAAGAAGUACGCCGCCCGUUACUUGCCACCAUAUCACAACAUCAACCGUCCGGUCUUGCUUGAGGAGUCGGGCAUCCAACCUACCGGCAAUGGCCACCAAUUCAGCUUCACUCCUUCCAAUCGCUUCGCCCAGCUGUCACCCCGCACCUCGUCUGAAGAAUCCGACGAUGAGGAGGAAUCCGAAUCCGACUCCGAACCUCCUCAGAAGCAAUUGCCUCAAGCAAGACCGCAUGUCGUAGACGAAGAUGUGGACAGCGACGAUGAAGAAGACAGCGACGACAGCGAGGAAGACAGCGAGGAUGAGGACGAUGAUAUGGACAUGAUGCCACCAUCAGCUCCUUUACCACCCUGCAUUCAGGCAGCAAUGGGGGCACCUAUGCCGCCGUCCAUGCAGCCAUCCAUCCACCCGUCUAUGCAUCCAUCCAUACAUCCACGCAUGGCCGUCGACAGCAGCUCCGAGGAGGACUCAGAUGAUGCAGAAGAAGAGGAGGGAAGGGACGAUGAAGAAGGGGACGAUGAAGACGACGAAGAAUCCGAUUCAGAUUCAGAUUCGUCCGACUCCGACUCCGACCCCGAAAUCCUUCCCCAAACCCAAGAACCCCGGCCGGCUCCUGUGCCCGCCGCGGUUGCCGCGCCAGGCGCAAAAGCAAACUUCACCCUCGAAGAGUUGUCCGACUUUGACCCCAUGGACCAAGACCGCACCGGCACCAUCGCCCCUUCAGGCUUCUCUUCCCCGGCCUCAGCCCGCUCUCGCUCCCGUGCCCCUGCUCCGCCCCCUGAGCUCCCUCAUGGCCUUACCCGCGAUAUGCGUAAUCUGAAUUGCUCAGCCUCCGACUCGGAUUCUUCUUCCGACAUCGACACCACGGACGCCGAUCACAAGGCGUUCUUGCACACGCAACGCGCGCUGCGCUUGCGCAAACGCCUUUCCCACGGGUCGUCCAUUGGCAAGCGCACCAUCUCGGAGCGCAGCGACUCGGACCACGAGGACUGGACGCCGCUCGACCCCGAUGCUGUCGGGUCCAGCGCGAGGAGGCUCAGGCGAAAGGUCGGUGACCCGUCUGUCCGCCGCAGCUUUAUUCAGCUUCACUUUCAGGACCCCCCGCCGGAGCGCAUCGACGAGGUCGAUGAACCCGACAGCGAGGUCGAGGGCGUGUAUUACUGCGACCACGAGACCCUUGCCAAGGAGCUGCCGUACUGGAUGGAGUACGAGUCUCCGAGCCCGUGA